UUCUCAAGCGAAGAGGCGUUGGCAGCUCACAAGAAAGAGAUGCACAAUAAGAAAAAUAAGUCAAACACAAAGGCGGUCACAAACAAAAACCAAGAAGAUGAGGAAGAAAAAGAUAAGGUUAAAAAGAAAAGUGAAGGCAAGAAAGACUCUAAACCAGGUGAAAUGAAAUCAUGUACUGAAUGUGGGAAAGAGUGUCGCACUAACUAUAAACUUACUGAACACAUGAGGAAACACACAGGUGAAAAGCCAUUCCAAUGUUCUUCAUGUGAUAAGGCCUUCCGAUCAAAAAUAGGUCUGGCUCAACAUGAAGCGAAACACACCGGAGUGCACUCAGGUACAGAUAAUCGUCAGUAUCCGUGCACAGUCUGUCAUAAAUUGUUUGUCAGUAAAUCAUAUUUAGUUACUCACCUCAGGAUUCAUACUGGAGAAAAACCUUUUAUGUGUGAGGUAUGUGGGAAGGAGGGCUUUUUGACCAGAGUGGACUUGAGGAUCCACUCGACUCUGCACACUGGUGAGAAAAGCUUUGUGUGUGAAGUUUGUGGUAAAGCGUUUGCCCGGAGAGAUGCCCUACGCUGUCAUAGACGCAGUCACACUGGUGAACGACCAUACCGCUGUGACAUUUGUGGCCAGAGCUUCACACAGUUUUCUCCAAUGGCGAUACACAAGCGACUACACACAGGCGAGCGACCCUACACUUGUGAUAUGUGUGGCAAGAGCUUCGUGUCCCGUUCGACAAUGAUGUCUCACAAGAAGAAACACACCCCUUGAUCUUCACUUUCCUUCUCUCCAUCUAGUAUUUUGGCUGUUCCUUCAGUGGGUACCGUAAUGACAACCAAGAGCCUAGAAGUGACUGAGCAGAAUCUGACACCUGUAAUAGUCCAGCUGUCACAGAUCCAUACCACAUCCGUCCUCCACUAGCAUUGUGGUUCUCUGGUGUCAUGUCUUCUAGCCUAAUUGCUGAGCCUUAUUCUGUAAUCGUCCUUAUAACUUUGUUUGUGCUGUAUGAAGUACCUGUAAUGUUGUUUCCCCUCUAUGUACUUCAAGCCACCUUUAAGAGAGAUUGGUUGAAUUACAAAUAACAAUAAAUGUCCCUUCCAGCUCAGUCAGAAGAAAAGUAGAUUUCACAUGAGGCCGUCAUUUCAAAACGUUAAACUGAAGAUGCAUUGUAGAUGUUUGAUUAGCGCAACAUUGAUGGAACAAUAAACCUCAUUGUUGACAGUGUAGACUAAUAUUGUUACAACCAUAUAAUUUGUGUAAAAACGUGGACUUAAUUACAAUUAAACCAAAAUUAUCUUUGUAAACAUA